AUGGCCCAACCUGAAGUCAAUGCCCCCCCUCAGGCUAAGCUCCCCCAUGCCCAGUGGAGUGAUGGCGAGAUCACUGCCCUCGUGAAUUAUCUAUACGAGCAUCACUCAGAUGCUGAAGGGGCAGGCAACUUCAAGCCACAGGUUUAUGCUGCUGCUGGAAAUGCCAUCAACAUUGAUGAAGCUCUCCAACUCACUUGGAUGGGUCUGCCAAAGACAGAAAAAUCAACUAGAAACAAGUGGACAUGGCUCAAAAAUAUCUACUAUGCUAUUGAGAAGUACCGCAACCAGACAGGGGUCCAUUGGGACAAUGAGAAUGGGGCUGGGAUUGAAGGACCUGCGGUGGCAGUUGUAUGGAUGUUAUAUCUCAAGUCAAAUCAAUCCAUGCAUCCAUUCCGCAACAAAGGAUGGGAGCAUUACAAGAAAAUGCAGGCUAUCAUACCAUUGGGUGGCGCUAGAGGGCGGCAUGUUUUCCAUCCGGGUGGCGCUGCUCCACCUACCACCAACACUGACAGUGAGCUUGGGGGGCCAACAUCUGAGGAUGCUGCUCGCCCUACUGGCGCUGUAGCUGGCCCAUCAGGCACUACCACCAUCACCACUUCCAUUGCUGCGCAUUCCACCACCACGCAUUCUACCACUGCUAGCUCUAAUGCUGGCAAGUGCCCAUAUUCAGAAGCACUGUCGGAGAUGGAGACGGCAUCAUUUGGCUCAACACACGUGUCAUCCAUGCAACCUCCCUCCACCACCUUGGUGUCAGCCCCCCCGUCCAAGAAAGCACGGACACCAGCAGGGUCCCAGCAUAGCCAUGCCACGAAGAUCAGUAGUGCUUUGAAGGCAGCAAAGAUUACACUGGCAGCUGCUGUGGUGGGGAUGCAAGGCACCAUCAACCGGCUCACUGAUGUCUUCAAAUGGUUUGUCAAAGGAGGGCCUGACGGCGCGCAAGGUAGUGAUGACUUAGUGACACAAGCCAUCUGCGUCUUAGAAGGGGAGGACUCUGAUAUACCACCAGACCAGCAGGCUGUGCUGAUUGCUAUCCUUGGCUUGAAGGGUAACGAACAUUAUCUGAAGUUUUACGUGAACCUCCGGGACAAGCGCGGGAGGCGUGCAUUUGUGGCAAAGCUAAUUAACCAGCCAGUUGAUGCAGGGGCUGAUGCAGGGAUGCGUGGUGCUGAUGAUCCUGAAAUGAUGGGCUGA